CCAAAACGGUGAGUAUUUAAAGUAAUUCACUGACCGCUGGCUCUUUAACCUUCCUCUCUCAUCCCUCUCUUCAUAAUGGAUGCUUCAAAACUGGCCCCUUAUCCCUCUUUAGAGACAGUCGAGAACCUCAUCCUCCACGAGAAGAAGGGCAAUUGUGUCCCAGUUUAUGUCGAGAUACCCGCCGACCUCCUCACACCAUGCAUGGUCUACCUACGGAUUGCAAAGGAUUCCAAGUACAGCUUCUUGCUCGAGUCAGUCGUCGGUGGAGAGACUCUUGCACAGUACAGUUUCAUCGGUGCAGAUCCAUUCAAAGUGAUCAGAACUGGUCCCGGGCAUGAAAUUUCUGGCGAUCCUAUGGCUCCUCUCCAAAAAGAGUUAGCGGUUCAUCAGUACGUUAAACUUCCGGAAAUCCCCACCUUCACUGGUGGUGCUAUCGGAUAUGUCGCCUAUGACUGUAUUCAACAUUUCGAGCCAAAGACGAAAUGCGAGUUGAAAGACGUGGUUGGCAUGCCUGAAGCUAUCUUCAUGUUGGCCGACACACUUGUGAUCUAUGAUCACAUUUUCCAGACCAUUAAAGUCGUCUCCCACGUCUUUGCCCCCAGUAACACUGGAACAGACAAUCUUUCUUUUGUCUACGAGACAGCGGUUGCUAAGGCCCGACGACUCGCCAAAUCAUUGCUGGUGAAUACAACACCUGAACCUCAUCAGCCACCUAUCGUGCUCGGCAAGGAAACCGUCUCAAACGUUGGACAGGCAGGCUACGAGGGCUUCGUGACUACACUAAAGGAGCACAUCGUCGCUGGCGAUAUCAUCCAAGCCGUUCCCUCACAACGUCUCGUCCGUGAAACCUCUUUGACUCCAUUCAACGCCUACCGCCAACUCAGGCAGGUCAACCCAAGCCCCUACAUGUUUUAUUUGGACUGUGGAGACCUACAAAUUGUCGGCGCCAGCCCGGAGACGAUGUGCAGGGUUUCCAAGAAUGUCGUCUUUAAUCAUGCCAUCGCAGGAACAACAAAACGAGGAAAGACACCCGAAGAGGACGAAGCCCGUGGAGCUGAGCUCCUCGCCUCAGAAAAGGACAAAGCUGAGCACAUCAUGUUGGUCGACUUGGCUCGAAACGAUGUCAACCGAGUCUGCGAUCCUAAGACAGUCAAGGUUGAUCACCUGAUGCAGCUUGAGAAGUUCAGUCAUGUCAUUCACAUAACGUCUCAAGUAUCAGGCAAAUUACGACCUGGUUUGACGAGAUUCGAUGCGUUCCGUUCCAUCUUCCCCGCUGGCACUGUCUCUGGCGCACCCAAAAUUAAGGCCAUCGAAAUUAUCCACUCGUUAGAGAAGGAGCGUCGUGGUGUCUAUGCUGGUGCUGUCGGCCGAUGGGACUUUGCUGACGAUGAAAUGGAUACCUGUAUCGCUAUACGGACCAUGACUUUCAAGGACGGCAAGGUCUAUCUGCAAGCUGGUGGUGGUAUUGUGUACGACAGUGUGGAGUUUGAUGAGUACAUGGAGACGAUCAACAAGCUAGGAAGCAACGUUCGGACUUUGGACGCAGCAGAAAAAUAUUGGUAUGAGUCACAAAACUCGGUAUAGAAAUUCCCGAUUUGUGUAUCGAAACGCAUUUGUAUAUG